ACGCUGACCUCAUAAAUAAAAAUUAGAAUCAUGCCACUCAAAAUGGUGGGCCGUACAUGGUAUGCACACAACACAGAGGAUCGCGCACUACGGUGUUACCACUUAGCACUUACCACCACCCUUCACACAUGAUACAACCACCAACCCUUCACACAACCACCACAAAGUGGAAACUUCACGCACUGGCAAAAUCUUUUGGGACUGGAGGGUCAGUUCUAACAGAUUUUGGUGGCAUCCGAAUUCUCAAUUAUAGUGAUUGCUUAUUGUCAUCAGAAGUCCAAAAAGAAGAUCCCAAAAUAAUAAUAAUAAUAAGAAGGAAUGUUCAUUGGUUGGUACUUGCGUACGCAUGACCUAGUCGUAGAGUGUAGCGCAGGACAUCCACUAAGCCACAAAAUUCUGGAGCAAUACAGCUGGUACAAACAACGAAAUAUGUAGGAAUAAAAAACCAUGUCAUUGGAUAGAAAUGGUAUGGUAUGGUAUGGUAAAGGUAACGGACUACGCACGAUGUGCCACGUAUGCAUGAUUAAUAUAGAGGAUGGUGAGAUGGGGCAGGUGUCAGAGUCUCUUUGAAAGAUCAAAAAUCGGCGGAUGCACAACAACUGGUGGACACCUACCACUUUCCCAAAGAGACAGAGAAAGCGAAGAUAAGCUCGAAGGUCAGGGACUCAGGGGAGCCAUUUUUAGGACUUCAUUUUCGUAAUUUCAAGACGGUAAUUAAGAGCCCCCCGACAUUCCCAAGGAGAAGCAUCUAUUCUCUAUCUCAUGGUUGCACUCACUCGCGCCCUCAUUCGCUUCACUCUCUAGUCUGUGACGGAAUCAUCGUCGGCGAGACGCAGAGGGAUGGCAAUCUCCGAUGCGGUGGUUGCGAACUUGACGACGAUCUACUUGGUGGCCAUAGCGGCGAUCAAGGCGUACGGAUUGGCCACAGGCCGGAGCUUCAGCGGAGGGUUUGUUCUGGUGACGUCCACCGCCGCGGUGGUUCUCAUCUUGAUUGGGACGCUGGCGUGGGACGUGUCUCGGAAGGCCACGUAUGCUCUGUCACGCGAUCACGUGCACGAGAUGUGCCGCGGCGGCAUCUGUUGGCACGGCGUCGCUGUCAAAUCGUCGGCUUCUCAGGUCCGCUUUCGACUUCCACAGCAACCUCCCAACCUACGCCCGUAAAAUGAUAUCAAAAUAUUGAAUCCUACACCCAACUGCUAAGGUUAAUUUUCCAGACCCUGUAAUAUACGCAAUCUCGCUUCCUCUCCCUCUCUCCCUCUCUUUCCCUGUGAAAUUUUUGCCCUUUUUGAUCCGGAGAACUGAAAUCAUACUGUGUAUAAAUAAUACACCGAAACUGUGUGUUCUA